AUGAGUUUGGAAGCAGCGAAAAAGCCUGUCUUCGAGAAAUCCUCAAGAAAAGCAUCACAGGUUUGGAAAACACUUUCUGACAGCUUGAGGCCGCGAAAAUCGACAGUAGAUGCCAUCGUUCUUCAGUUACAGAGAUUUUUCGAAAAAGAAGAAGUUCCAUUUCUCGAGCGCGCUGAGAAAUUUCUGAAAUCGGCGGAUUGCUCUCUUUUUGAAGAAAAAGCCGAAUUCGACGAUUUUGGAUACAAAAGAAUUUUGAUCGCUGAAAAUGAAAAGUUUAACUUGGUGCUCAUGUGCUGGCCAGAAGGAUCUGCUACGAGCAUUCAUGAUCACACCGGAUCCGAGUGCAUUAUGAAGUGUUUGUCAGGAAAAAUUCGCGAAACGAGGUACAAAUGGCCAGAAAAGAAACGACAGGCGUUGGAGAAAAUCGGCGAAGAAGAUCUUUUGAAAAACGAAGUUUCCGGGAUAAAUGACGAAGCUGGACUUCAUCUUAUCGAAAAUCCGUCGACGGCGGAGAGGGCGAUCUCGUUGCAUUUGUAUUAUCCCCCGCUUUCUGAAUGUCUAGAGCACAUCCGCAAAACUGUGCCAAAGAUGGAAAAGGAAACGGAGCGAUUUCAAACCGUCGCCUCCAACUUCGAUAACGCCUGUUUCACUCUUGAUUCCAUCUCCGACUCUGUCAAGCUCGUCGAGAAAGGAGAAAGCGCCAUUGACCGAAUUGAACGCGAUUUGGUCGAGCUCAACAAUAUCCUUGCUCGAGAAUAA